AAUCCAUGAUGAUGUGUUACGAUCGGCGCGAGCUCCUCCUUGGCCUGCCCUUCUCAAGGGCAUCAAUGUGAGAUAGCCAGCGGUCUUCCCCUUAUUACCUCGACUUUCCUCCUCGCUUCAUCCUAGUUCUCGGAAUCGAGUCCCUCCCACUCCCCAGGAAAAACCCGAGUCGAGCGAGUCGCGCCCACGUAAGAGUCGCGUAGCUGCCCUCUUUAAUCCGCAGCGCAUAUUUAAGCAGCCUCCGUGCGAUUCAACACUUCAGUUCUCUCACAGGACGGUGACCAGACUAGGUCACUCGCGAUCGCCUCCGUUCCCGGCUCUCACGCAACUGCUCGCCAGUGACGCCUUUCAACAUUCUCGCCAUGAUGCUCCUGCUUCCGCUUCUCUUCUCGUGGGUCCUGUUGGUCGCGGCGUCUCCAUCGCCUCAGGCUGGAGGGGGAAGUCCGUAUUUUUUCAUAUUCGUGUCCUUGUUUCAUUUGGGUCAUGUUCUUUGCCUCUGCGACGUCGAAAUCUAAAUCUAAACUGAAAUCCGACGUAAACCCGCACGGGUGUACGUCGGAAUGUCGGAAGCAGAAACGCAGAAAGGUAGUAUUGUCGUAGGGCAAGAAUGUAGAUGUCAUAAAAUGUCGCUCAUGCUUAAUAUUGAAUGGAAUGGAGCCCGAAUUCUAAAACAUCGACGAAGAGGAAAUGUCGAAACAUGUCGGAAGAUGUGACUUUUACUAGAGUGAUCAUCCUGUGGGAAUGUGCAAACAUGACUUAGUUGAACGAUGUGCUCCACGAAAGGGGCGAUGAAGGGACUGGUGGAGUGCUUCGAACUGUCAGCGGAUAUAACUGGAAAGUCAUGAGGUCACUUUCAUCUUCUGCCUUCUCUGCUUUGUCUCUCCCACGAAGCCUUAUCUAACAACUUGGCGAUGUCCUUGCAGGUAAUUUAACUUUAAAUGAGACUGGAUCCAUGAAUGAAGCUAUUCCAUGGGCUUCUACGUAAGUGUCAUGUGUCACGUGUGCAUUCUUUCCAGUACAUCAUCUGCCUUCGGUACUCAAUUCCCUCCUCCGACCUUGGUCUGCUAUGAACUCAAAUUUGUCGGAUCUCAGAAUGGCAAGAAAAUGCUAGUCCUUCACUCAGGGAGAAAUUUUACUGUCGGUGUCAGGACCGCUCUUCGAAGUUCGUGACAUCACACAAGAGGGACAGUUGAUAAAGGAACCUUCCAGUCAUCAUGAUCAUGCUCUCCCCCGUGCUCCCAUGAUUGGAUGACUACAAGUGCAACGAAUGUGUUAAAAGUCCCUUUCAACAUUUACUCGAUCGAUCUUUUCUCCUUCCGACAUUGCUGUAUUUCUACAUAAUCUCCAUCGACAUUUUUGCCGUCGACUAUUUUCUUGUCGACAUUUCUUCUUUUGACAUUCAGAAGCGCAUCGAACCCGCGCGAGUUACAUCGAAAUGAAUCCAUCAAAUAUUACAGAAAUUUAUUUGCAAUAGCUGAAUCGAGACUUUGUUUUGCAGCCUCUCAUGGAGAGGCAAGAAAUAGGUGAGUUCGCUUAACUUUCUUAACAGCUAUGUACUUCGAUUUAGAUACAGCUUUAGUUCAGAUUAACAUAGCUUUCACCUAGAUUUAGUCUUCUGUUCGCAGAGGCGAGGAACAAGCCCCUGUGUUUUGUGGAGGUAUUCACAGGGACCAUUAUUUGUUCGCAGGGAGGUGCCCCCAGAUCUGCACGGCAGACUAUAAUCCAGUCUGUGGAUCCGACGGGGUAACCUAUGCCAACAACUGUAAUUUUCAAGCAGAGAACUGCAAACGCGGAAACAGGCUGGUCGUCCGGCAUAAGGGGCCUUGCCGCAACGGGGGAAGGCCGAGUCCCCCCGGAAACGGAGGUAUUCGACCCCCUGGAAACGGAGGUAUUCGACCACCCGGAAACGGGGGUAUUAGACCCCCCGGAAGUGGUAACCCUUUGUUCACUAUUGGUAAAUUGAACCGGAGAUCCUUCGAAGUACGGAUUGCCUG